AUGUCAAACACGCUCUUUUAAAGAAAUGCCAAUUCUAACAUUUUUUAAGGAAGUUAACCUAAUUCUAAUUCUUGGAACAUACCUUAGUAAUAGUUUUUUUACUAAUUUUAAGAACAACAAGAAAACGUGAUGUCUAAGGAUCAUAUAGAGCCAAGUUUGAACAAAUAAAAAUUUAAGUUGUAGAUGAUAAAAAUGUGUUAUCUACAUCAAUUAUAUUUUAACCAUAAUAUGAAAAAAUGGUAUUCUUAUAUUAAUAUUUAUAGACAAUGAUGAUGAUUAGAUUAGAGGAUUAUUAUUUAAUACGAGCAUAAUAAAUAGAUGAUUUUCAUAUUUCUACUAUUUAAAAUGCUAUUCAAUGUAAAAGAUUCAAUCCUAAUUUGAUAUCUAAAGUUGUUGGUCAAUGUAAAUCUUAAUUUAUAUUUUAGCUAUCAAUAUACCAUUAUUUCCUAUUCAGAAAACAGCUAAUUCUAUUUGGGAAUCAAAUAAUCAAUCCUAACAUUAAUAAAACAUUUUUAAUACUAAUACAACAUCUCUAACUGAUAAUAGAUAAUAAAACAAUUUUUUCAGUUCAAUGAACAAUUAAAAUAAUUAGUAAUAAUAAUCAAAAUAAUAAUAUGGUAAUAUAUUCAAUACUCCAUCAAUAGUUAAUCAUUCUAAUAAUAAUCAUUCUCCAAAUAUCUUCUCCAAUUAAAGAUAGGAGUAAUAAACAACAAAUAUAUUCAAUUCAAAUUAAAAUGUUUUCAAUAAUAAUAAACCUUAAUCUGAAUUCAAUAAUUAUUAAUCCAAAGAUUAAAAUCUUCCUUGGACUUAAUCCUCAUAAUAAUCUGGUAAUAUUUUUUAAUAAAACAAACCAUAAUUAUAAAUUUAAAUUCCCAAUCAAUAAUAAAUUAAUGAUCCCUCCUAAAUUAAUAAUAAUCCUAAUAAUAAUCAAACCAUCUUCUCACAACCUUAAUAAUAAUUGUUUAUCAAUAAUAUGUAAUAACCAUUUUUAUAACAAUAACCAUCACAAUAAUUGCAAUAAUAAUAAAUGUUUUAGUAAUAAUAAUAAAUAUAAUUACAAUAAUAAUAAUAAUAAUAAUAAUAAUAAUCACAAAUGAUGCCAUUACAAAUGCAAAUACCAUAAUAAUCAUUUCAAACAUUCUAAAAUUUGAAUUCCAUCAAUAUGUUAGCGAAUGAUUUACAAAUGAUUUAAUAUUAAAAUUAAAUGAAUCCUAUUCAAUUUAUUAAACAAUCAGUAGAUAUGAUUAACAAUUUCACAACCUCAUUAAAUAAUUCAAUCUAAGAGAUGGAGAAAUUGUACAAACUUGAAGAAGAAAAAUAUUUAGAAUAAGAAUAUCUAAUUAAUUAACUUGAAUAAAAAAAAAGAAUUGAAAGAUAAAAAAAAUAAUAAGAAAUUAAUUUAUUACCAAAAAAAAAAAAUGAUUCUCAUACUCUUUUUAGAAUGACUCCAUCUUCUAAUAAUAUGACUCUAAUUAACAGUUAAAAAAGUUCAAGAAUUAGUAUACAAUAAUAAUAAUCAACUAAUUAUGGAUUUAAUGCUAGCAGAAUAUCAUAAAAAUCAACUAAAAUUAAAAAAGAAUACAUAAUUGAAAUCUAUUUUGAAGAAAGUGAAAAUUUUAUAACUUUCAAUGAAGAAUUUAAUGAUACUAAAUCAAAAGUUGAUUAUAAAGAUCAUGUACUGUAAAAAAUUGAUCAAAUGUAAGUCUUUAAAAAUGAUAAGGCUGCCUAUUUUGCAAAAAGUGAAUUUAUUAUUGAUGAAAAUAAUAAUUAAGAUAAUCAUCAAACUUUAUCAUUUCGAAUUCUAUAAACAUAUAGACCAAUCUUAACAAAAAAAGGUUAUUAUACUUUACCAGAUAUCAAUCAAUUAACUAUUAAUUAAUUAAAAAAUGUAGAAGAUUUUACUAUUUAUAAUGAAUUUGGUUCAUUAAGAUGGGACUCUCCUACAAAUUUAUUGUAUAUCAAUUUAGAUAGGAUUGUUGAUAUUCAAGAUUCUAAAGUAGAAGUAUAUGAUUUAGAUUAAAUUCAUGAAUAUUUGAAACCAAAAAUUAAUAAAAAACUAAAUAAAUCUUGUUUGAUUACUUUGAAAGUUCCUAUCACAAUCAAUCAAGAGAAUUAUGAAACUGAAUCAAAAUUUUUAUAAUAAAAAUGUAAAGAACAGAAUAUUGAACUUGUGGAAAUAGAUUAAAUUAAAUAAUAAUUUGUUGUUAGAGUUGAUCAUUUCUCAAUUUAUACAUUUGUUCAUGAUGAAAACGAAGAACAAUAACAACAAAUAGUAGAAAGUUAAAAUAUUAUCUCUUAAUAAUUACAAUAAUAAUAAUAAUCAUAAACAUAAUCAGAAAUUAAAAUUAAUAAAGAAAAUAAAACAAAUAUUUCUUAGAAAGAAUUAGAAUUUUAUGAACUUCAAAAUCAAUUUUUGUAAUAAAUAAAUGAUGUUUCUAGCUUAACAAAAUAAUCUACAAAUUAAAAAAUAAAAAAAAUAAAUCAAAAAUUUGGAUUAAAUAUUGAAUUAAGAUAAGAUUUUUAGAUUUGUGUUAGCAAUAAAGAAAUGAAUUAAAUUGAUUAUGAAUUAUGCGAGUAAUUCAUAAAAGAAUUUAAAUUCGACAAUGAAAUUCCUACAGAAAAUUAAUUUUGUAUAAUACUAUUAAAAUGUUUAUAUGCAAUAAGAUCAAAUAAUAAAUCAAAAUGGAGUCCAUAUGAAAAGAAUAUGCUUGGAUAGAGAUUACAAUUUUUUAAUAUUUUAUUUGGGAAUUCACUUAUACAACUUUAGGAUUAUCUCUUUUUGAUUGAAUUAUACUCUGAUAAACUUAAGUUAGAAGAUUUAGUCUAAUAUUAGAGACCAAAUUAAUUUUAAUAAGGAUUGAGUUUAAUUUUAUUUUUAGAGUAAAUUUUAUAAUCUAGAAUAUCAAAUGAAUAAGAAAGUUCAUAUACAGAAACAAUAAUUUAAGAAAUUAAGAAUAAUAAUUUAUUCAAUUAAUAAUAAAAGUAAUAAUAAAUUUUAUAAUUUUUAUCUAUUCAACAUUCACAAAUGAUAAAUUUACCAUUGAAGGUGGAUGAUUGGAUUAGUAAAAUUUUUUAAUGGAAGGUUAAUUAAAAUUCAGUUUAAUAUUCAUAAGAAUGGUGGUUAGGUUUAUCAAAUUAAUUGGAAGACUUUGAAAUCUAAUCUCCUGAAUUAGCUGGUCUUUAUUAUUUUUUAAGUACUAAAUUCAAUCGAAAUAUAGAGAAGAUUUAUAGUUACUUAAAUAAAAAUCAUGAUCCAAUGUCUUUAUUUUUAGAAUUCUUAAUAUAUAAUUAAGAUAAAGCUAAUGUGAAAAUCCAUAAAAGAAUUAUUACAAAUAAAUUAACAUUUUUAAUUGAGAAUAAAGAAAGAAGUGAAUUUAUAUAAUUGAUUCUUGGUUAAUUUAUAGAAUUAUUCACAGCAAGCGAAUAAUAAAGAUAUUUAGAAUCAAUAUCAAGAAUGUAAAAUACAUUGUUUUAUUUAAAUAAUAUGGAAGAAAGUGAUGAUUAAAUUGAUUCUAUAAAAGUCGACAGUUAAAUUCAUUUACAAAAAUUGAUAAACUAACAAGAUUAUAUAAAUUUAGGAAAUUAUAUUUUAGAUUUGAAUUCUUCUAAAUAUUAAAACCUUUUAAAGUUUUUGUUUGAAUAUACAAUUCCGAUUUUAAUAAUUUUUGGAGAAGUAAAAUAAUUGGAAAAAAUAAUAAAAAAAAUAGAUGAUUUAUAAAAUUCAGAAUAAUCAAUAUAUAAAUUUUCAAAUAGAGACAAAUAAAUAUUAGGGAUGAGUUAAGUAAGUAUAAAAAUUAUAAUUUAGAUAUUUAUUGGAAGUAAAAAGUAUGAUGAUGAAAUGUUCUUUAACUUUGAACCAAAAAACGUUUUUGAAUACUAGAUGUUAUAAGUAUUAAAUGAAUAUUAAUUAAUAUGA